AAAUGGCUUUUGAGCAGGUCUGUAUUGUUAGAAAUUGUCAACUAAAUCAGCCUGGGAGCAGCUGGUUGCUGAGUGUACAUGAAUAGCUGCUUAAUGUCUUUUACAUCAUCCAGCAUAUGUGGGAAGGAGAGCGAGAAUGCAAAAGCGCAGCCCAUGCCUAGACGAGGGGCUACACACUUCUGUAGCAAUUCCAACACAAAGAAGUUAAAGAAUGAAAGGAUGACCCCAGCGACUCGACAAAAAGUUCUUGGCCUUUACCGCAAGAUAUUUCAAAUAGCCAAAAAAUGGCAGUCGGCAUCAGGACAGACAGAGGAGACUGUUAAAGAGAAAGAGUACAUUCAAAAUGAGGCCAGAACGUUAUUCCGAAAAAACAAACACGUAACAGAUCCAAAGCUGAUUGAGCAGUGCAUAGAAGAAUGUGAGGCAAGAAUAGAAAUUGGACUGCACUAUAAUAUCCCCUACCCGAGACCUAUCCAUCUGCCUCCUAUGGGUCUCGCCCAUAAACAAGGUCGUACGUUGCGACACCAGGAAAAGUUAAGGAAGAUUUCUAAGCCAAUAUACCUGAAAUCCCAUGAUGAAGUUUCAUAGCCCACCACUUAAGCUGUGAUGUGUAAUCACAUCCUUUAAGCUGUGAACUGCAGUCCAGGUGAUUUGUGUGCACAACUGUGAACUAAGGUGUUUUGGUCACUUGCUCACACAUUUCCUGAGGCCAAAAAGCCAAUUGAUACAUUGCAUAUGAUGGAUAAAGUUGGUCUAUUAUUUAUUUAUAUUAUUUUUAACCACUGACUUGUCAAUAAAACUAACACUUUUCAAGGAGUGAGGUGUGAUACAAAGAUUACUUUGACAUCAGGACAAAUUACAGCAGGUUCUCAAACUCAAUCUAUAGCAGGAUUGUCUGAUGGUUUCAGGAUUCUGUGUGCUCAGUUGUAACUCAGUUGUGCCUUGUGUAAGGGUCAGUCAAAAUUAAGGAAAUCCAGGAGAAUCAAGCAGAUUCUUGAUCUUCUGAACACAAGUGGGAACACAAUGACUGCAUCAUGCAGCUGCUUUCCUUCCUCUCUUGUCCCUGCUCUGCCUGUUGUCCCUGGGGAAACGUUGCAGUUUCAUAGUACCUCUGUGGUGAAGUUCUGUUUCUGAAUGGGCAGUAGCAAAGACACAACUGAAGUGCCCACUACUCCUUCUUUUUCCUUUUUGCAAAUUGCAGAGGGAUGGUCUAGAGACUCCAAGUCAGCUUUUCCCCCUUCCUUUGGAGAGGGUGUGGAUGUGAAAUGCAAAGUUUGGAAUGCCAUUACACAACUCUGAGUAAAACAUUCCAGUGUUGGGUUCCUUAGGUUCCCAUGUAUGGACUGACUGAAAAUUCUCCCUUCAGAGUAUCACGAGUAUGGAAACAAGCUUAGGAUGCUUUGGUGUGAGGACCAUGUUUUCACAUGGUCAGUCUUGCAGCAUAAUCACCGUGGGGACUUUCUCAACAAUUAUUUUAACUUUAGUGUGAGGUUUUAGCUCUCAGAUUAUGGACAGAACCCCAACUUUAGUAAAAGGAAGUAUCUACAAGUCUCUAAAGUUUGAGGGGUAUUUCUGUUUCACAGAUGCCUCUUGAAUGGAAUUAAAAUUAAAUGAAUUUUCCUCUCACUGGCCGUCAAUUACUUUGCCUCAUUUUCAGUCCUCUGACUUUACCAGGCUGUUCUUGAGGAAAGCUGGGGGAGCCUUUCAUCCCUCAGGCUGAAAGUAACAAUGAGACCAAGCUGUGGACAAGAGCCACACUGUACUGGAUACUACCUAAGCACAGUCCACAGAGCUUUAAGGAAAACCUAUUCUAGCCCAAAGUUAAUAGUAGCAAAAAAAAGCAAAUUUUAAAAAUGCAGUGUGUAUGAUUUCCUGUUAAAGUGGGGGAAAUCAGUGAAAUCUCCUCUUCUGAGAUCUCCAAUUCAUCCUAAACUCUCCAAGCUCUAAUAGACAAUGACAAAGAAAUAUUCUUGUCAACCUGAAAAGUAAGUUAGAACUGGUCAUGUGCAGAACAGACUGACAGUCCCUCCCCCAGGAAUGCACUCCUAAGAGUGAAAAAAAGCACAAGCGGAUGAGAAAGUACAAGGAAACAAUAACAGGAGUGAAUCAGCAUGACAGGUACUGGCUGGCCCAAUUUCUCACUGCCCUUCAUGGCUCCAGUCCACAAAGGUAUCUAUUUCCAUAUAGUUAUUUCCUGGGAAUGCCACAUGUGGGAAGUAAUAGGUAAAAUGCCAUUGUUCUGCCUGUCAGUGGGAUCUUUGCAAAUUUAGUGCUGUCAGGAAGACACAGAAGUCCUUUAGCCUAGGAAAAGGGGGAUGGAAUAAAGAGAGUAAAAAAAUAACAUGAUUAUACACACUGCUUAAUCCUUCACUGAAAGAAGUCCAAAUACAGUCUUUUCCUACCCUCAUUCUGAUACACCACUGUAGGCAUGUGUCAACUGAGCCAAAUCAAAAUGUGCAGAGACAAGGGGUUUGAAUGGAAGCUUAAGCUCCCUUUUUGCCAUUAAAGUAUCAUUUGAAUCUUUUGAAUUGUUAAAAUUCCUGUGGUUAAUGAAGGUGCUGAUGCUGUGACACAUCGGGUGAAUAAACAGCUUUGUAAACAA